UUAUUACAUAUCUUCAAAUUUACGCAGAUGCGCUUUGCUGGUUAACAUCAAUUCAUAAAAGUCUUGUCGCUUACGUUUUGAAUAUUUAUAAGGACUUUUAAAGGCAAUACUUUUCAUAUUUCUUGCAGCAGUGGCUUCAAAAUAACCGGAAGUUUUGACAUGUGACGUCAUGGGUGGGGUGAACACCAAAAUGGCGGAGUUGGUCAUGUCAUGUUGUAUGAGUGACCACGAGAAAUCACAACGAAUACGAAGUCAUGAGAUCGACAAAAAAUUAAUGAAGGAUCGGUUGACAUUCAGGAGAACAGUGAGGCUUUUGUUACUCGGUGCCGGAGAGAGUGGAAAGAGUACUUUCCUAAAGCAGAUGAGGAUUAUCCACGGGAUGGAUUUCGACGACGAAGCGCUCCGGGAAUACCAGACUGUGAUAUACAACAACAUUGUAAAGGGCAUGCGUGUUUUGAUCGAUGCCAGAGACAAACUAGGCAUUCCUUUUGGAAAUGAGGAAAGUGUUAAACAUGCAAAUUUUGUUUUCAGUUAUGAUGGAGUUAAAAAAUUAGAAGAGAGAACAUUUCUCCAGUAUGUGGAACCAAUGAGAAUAUUAUGGCAAGACAGCGGGAUAAAAGGGGCGUUCGACAGACGGAGAGAAUUUCAACUUGGUGAUUCUUUGAUGUAUUUCUUGAAUAAUUUGGACAGGAUCAGUCAGAAGAGCUACAUUCCAAUCAAGCUGGACAUCCUGCAUGCUCGUAAGGCCACCAAAGGUAUCAACGAACACCAGAUUCUGAUUAAGGGCAUCCCCUUUAUGUUCAUUGAUGUGGGAGGGCAGCGGUCGCAACGCCAGAAAUGGUUUCAAUGUUUCGAGGGCAUAACCUCCAUCUUGUUCCUGGCGUCGUCGAGUGAGUUUGACCAAGUCCUUAUGGAGGACCGCAAGACCAAUCGCCUCAUCGAGUCCUGUAACAUAUUCGAGACAAUCAUCAACAACAAGUCCUUCUGCAAUGUGUCUAUUAUUCUCUUUCUCAACAAAAUGGACCUCCUCACUGAGAAGGUUAAACAUGUAAGCAUUAAGGAAUAUGUUCCCGAGUUUCAAGGUGACCCGCACUCCAUAGCAGAUGUCAAGGCCUUCCUGCUCAACAUGUUCGACUCCCGCAGGCGAGAACGCAGCAAGCCUCUGUUUCACCACUUCACAACGGCAAUUGAUACAGAAAACAUCAAGCACGUGUUUCAAGAUGUGAAGGACACUAUUCUGCACGAUAACCUCCGAUCUCUGAUGCUGCAGUGACCUUGGCACUGUCAAGGACGAUGCUCAUUUUGGGUGGAUAAUAGCAAGUAUAGAUGGACAUCUGAAGUGUGUGCUCACCUUACGCCAAAAUUCGAAGUAACUUGUGACAUGUUGAUGUGUUGGUCAUUCUGGAUGGAGUAUUCAAGGAAGGAAAGGUGUUCAUAUUUGAAAUGGAGUGGUCACCUGAGCUGUAACUAACUGAUUUGAUAACAUGCUGUAUCUGUAGAACUGAAGAGUGAACUACUUUACAGGGGACAUGUUGUCAUGUUGGAUAGAUGGAUAUGACAUGUGACUGUUCUGAUUGGUCAAGAUUAUAUUCGUAAUCAGGAACGCUUCUGAUUAUUAUUCGCUGUACCGUUAUUGUGUUUUAUUAAUCAAAUUUUAACUUAUUGGAUUGCCCCUGGCCCUAGUUUAGAUCUGGAACCCAAUGCUUUUAGCUUUUUGUCAUUUUUGAACUGUUGAAAUUUUUAGGAGAUCUAUAGUUGUGAUAAUUCUCAGCAUUUUGUUUCAGAUACCAGUUAGAACUUACACUGAUUAUUUGAAAGUUAUUUCAAAAUAGUUAUGGUGUUGAUUAUAUGUAUUCUAGAAGACCAGCUCUGAUAUUAUGUGGCCACAAAACAGACUUGUAAUAUAUACCACCAUUUGUAUAUAUCCAGUGGAAGUUGGAGAUAGUGGCAUGCAAACAGGAAGUCAUUCGUACCUUCAUAGACAGGUAGCUAGCUCAAGAUGUACCAUCAUGUAACCAUGGUUACCUACACAUACCUGUAUGACAUCGCUGCGUAACCAUGAUUAGAUACACAUAUCUCUCCCAUUACCAUGUAACCAUGGUAACCAAUACUUAUCUCCACAGACACAUGACCUGCUAAAACCUCGUGGUCAUGUUCACAGAAGGUCAAAUUGGUCUUUGACUUUUUUUCGUACCUUUGCAUAUGAUUUGCUCAUUUUCAUUACUCUUGUUUAAUGUUGAUUUAUUCUGUUGGUGUGAUUACUUGUAUAUUGGUCCUUUAUAUCUCUCUGGCUUCCAGUGUGCAGGAUCUUUUCUACUGUGCCUUAAGUCACUCUCUUAUAAAGCAGCUGGAACUGUGAAUCAUUGUGUCACAAAAUGUGUUGUGUUGGUAGAGCCUCAAUUUAUUCUAGGCUGUAAUGUAGAGACAACCUGGCAUGUGGCAGACUGUUGACAGUAUCACUGUACCUGUGGGUACAUGCAGGUGAUCUGUGACAGGUGUGUGGUGGACCACUGACUUGAGUAUCACCUGUGUGCCCAGCUGUAGGUACAUCUGUGACAGGUGUGUGGUGGACCACUGACUUGAGUAUCACCUGAGUGUGUAGCUGUAGGUACAUCUGUGACAGGUGUAUGGCGGACCACUGACUUGAGUAUCACCUGAGUGUAUAGCUGCAGGUGAUCUGUGACAGGUGUAUGGCGGACCGCUGACUUGAGUAUCACCUGUGUGCCCAGCUGUAGGUACAUCUGUGACAGGUGUGUGGUGGACCACUGACUUGAGUAUCACUUGAGUGUAUAGCUGCAGGUGAUCUGUGACAGGUGUGUGGUGGACCCCUGACUUGAGUAUCACCUGUGUGCCCAGCUGUAGGUACAUCUGUGACAGGUGUGUGGUGGACCACUGACUUGAGUAUCACUUGAGUGUGUAGCUGCAGGUACAUCUGUGACAGGUGUAUCAUGGAUCACUGACUUCAUAUCACCUGAAUGUGUAGCUGCAGGUGAUCUGUGACAGGUGUGUGGUGGACCACUGAUUUGAGUAUCACCUGAGUGUAUAGCUGCAGGUGAUCUGUGACAGGUGUAUGGCGGACCACUGACUUGAGUAUCACCUGUGUGCCCAGCUGUAGGUACAUCUGUGACAGGUGUGUGGUGGACCACUGACUUGAGUAUCACCUGUGCCCCGCUGUAGGUACAUGCAAGUGAUCUGUGACAGGUGUGGUUCUAAGUUUAAUAGCCCACACAUACAUCAUCCUAUGUUAGAACCUUCUCUCUCACUCUGUCCUGCCAAAGACAAUGCAAGACUUAUAGAUACACUAACAUUGUAGAGCAGAAACAACUGUUAUUGAUAUAGAAUUUGUUCAAACAGUGAUACAUGUACAGGCUACACUGUCUACAUAUGGUUUGUUAUGACUAUUAUCAUUUGUAAUCUUUGACUAUCCAUGUAUGUCUGUGAGCAUGAUCUUCCCAUUAGAAGGCAUGAUAUGCAGUUCAUGUCCUGAGUGGCAGUGUAUGACAUGAUAUAAUCCCCAACUGUGUGACAUCAUAGGAUGUUAUCACCUACUACCACAUGUGUGGUAUCACUUCUUUUACACUGCUGGAUAGAUCAUCAUAUUGUACUACUCACUCAAGCUGUGAUCAGGCUGUUUUGUAUCAGAAGAGAUUACUUGUAUUGCAUGGAACCAAGGCAGAUGUAUUGCACUGCAGAACACAGCAUACACACAAUAUCACACCGCCAGCUAGAUGGGUAUUGAAUGUGACCCUGGCAUACACACAAUAUCACACCGCCAGCUAGAUGGGUAUUGAAUGUGACCCCAGCAUACACACAAUAUCACACCGCCAGCUAGAUGGGUAUUGAAUGUGACCCCAGCAUAUACACAAUAUCACACCGCCAGCUAGAUGGGUAUUGAAUGUGACCCCAGCAUACACACAAUAUCACACCGCCAGCAAGAUGGGUAUUGAAUGUGACCCCAGCAUAUACACAAUAUCACACCGCCAGCUAGAUGGGUAUUGAAUGUGACCCCAGCAUACACACAAUAUGACACCACCAGCUAGAUGUGUAUUGAAUGUGACCCCAGCAGAUACCUAACAUACUUGUUACCAAGUUACUUGUGAUGUCACACAGUACGUACCCUAAUAGAUGGUUGCAACAGGCAUAAGGUUUUGUCACUGAGCAAGCACCUGCUUCAACUCCAUAACACUUAAUUCUUGUUUACUUUGAUCCCCACAGAGACAGUAUUGUUGCAUUAUAUUGCUGUGUGUAACAUAUUGCCUAUCAUCUGUGUGUGAAGAUCAGGCAUGCGUUAUUCUUAUUCCUUCAAGGACAACUGGUGGUACUUGUACUUAGUGGCUAGUUUGGACUUACUGGCACAGAAAAAACACAUUAGAAUGUGUAUAGGAAAUAUUUUUUUAUUCACCCAACUGGUCUUUGAUGGAUAAGAAAAAUAAGAAUGUACAUCAUCAAGACUGUUACAAUGGGUUAGUGUUAACUCUUUUACAUAUUGUUCAAUCAUAAACCAAUUCUUAUAUCACAUGAUGAAGACAACCUUCCCUGACAGAAGUUUGUUCAUGAUCAUGCCGAUGUACAUUUAAAAUAGCUAUUAAACCCAUAUUGGAAAAUGUGCCUGAAAGUACAUUGUUUGAUUACUACUGGGAAGUCCACACUGUGACAGUUACAAUUAGUUAGUGAGCAGAGUAUACACAAAAUGUCAAUGCCGGAGAAUAUCAGUCUAUCUGCUGAAACAGAUUCCGUUGGAUGUAAGAAGCCUAAUAGUAGUGAAAAUGAUAUGAAUGGAUCAUCAAAAAUUGAUGACAAUACCAGGUGUUCACUAAAAGGGUAAGCAAGAAAAUAUGUCUUAAACAAAUAUUUUCUUUCUAUUUAACGUUAUUAUGAUCAUGUUCAUUUUUCAGAUGAGCUUUUUUCUUGAAAAUAUUGUAUAAAGAAUGAUUUCUGAUUUGGAUAGAUCUCUAGCCACCUGGAACUGUUUAAAUUUUUUGUGUAUUAGCACUCAUUUGAGCAUGAUUCUGUCAAAAUUGUGGCCUUACCUUAAAGAAGAGAAAUCUAGUUAGUUAAAUUCUCACAGUUUGUUAAUGGUAUAGUCUAUCUAAUACUUUGACCAUUUAUAUUUGCUUGAAUCUCCAACAUUGUCACAUAUCAAAGAUUUGUGCGCUGAGAAAUCAAUCAAUAGAAAUUAUGCAUUUGUACAGUGCAAUAGAAUGUGUUAUGGUGUUAACAUUGACGUAGGGUGUCAUCUAAUGAUGUCAUGGCUUGACCCACAGCUAUAUGGCUGCAGCAUUAUUAGGCACAGCACCUGGUAUUGUGAAGGUACCACUUGUUGUGACAAUGUUGCACAUAAUACUAGCAAGAGCAAUUCACAUAGUUGCAGUAUUUGUCAUGAGGUAGCACUUGAUGCCAAGUUCUUGCAUAUGAUGUCAAAUAGUUAUGCAUGCUCGCUGUAAAAAGCGACUUUGCUUGUCAUAAGAGGCAACUAACAGGAUCGGGUUGUCAGGCUCGCUGACUGAUUGAUGCUUGUCAUCGUAUCCCAAUUGCAUAGACCAAUGCUCAUGAUAUCAAUCACUGGAUUGUCUGGUCCAGACUCGAUUAUGUACAUGGCGCCAUAUUAUAGUACACAUGGGCGGAUCCAGAGGUGGGGUCCAGGGGGUCUGUAUCCCCCCUUGAAAACCAAAUGUAGUAUGUAAAUGUAGGCAGUAAAAUUAUCUGAGAGAGGAUUUUGAUAUUUUGGACCCUUCCCUUUUGAAAAUUCUGGAUCCACCCUUGGUACAUAAGGUCACUUGGUAAUAUCUGCACCACAUGAUAGUGAUCUGUGACCUGCUUCAUGCAUACAUUGAGUCUCAUGCUUGUACAAUAAAUAUGGAGUCACAUGGGGGAAGAUGGUGCUUCCUGGUUUUACAUGAUGCCACCUUGUUGUACAUCAUACAACAUGGUUGUACAAAGUUACAUGGUAUUACACAAAGUUAUGGUAGCACUUGGUGCCACCUAGUGACACAUGGUUGUACCUGAGGUCACAUGGGGGAAGAUGGUGCUUCUUGCCACCUUGUUGUACAUCAUACAACAUGGUUGUACAAAGUUACAUGGUAUUACACAAAGUUUUGGUAGCACUUGGUGCCACCUAGUGACACAUGGUUGUACCUGAGGUCACAUGGGGGAAGAUUGUGCUUCUUGCCACCUUGUACGUCAUACAACAUGGUUGUAGAAAGUGACAUGUAUUACACAAUGUUAUGGUAGGACUUGGUGCCACCUAGUGACACAUGGUUGUACAUGAGGUCACAUGGGGAAGAUGGUGCAAGCUGGUUGUACCUGAUGGUUAUAUAUGUCACAUGACAGCAGGAAGUGGUAUAGAUUAGAACUAUCAGUAUUACAUCCCUAUCAUAAACUUCCAUUGCAGAACAUGAUGCUGACACUAGCAAACAAUGUGCACAAUUAAUUCAAUACAACAGAAGUCUUUGUUCUAAAAUGACUGACACAGAAACGAACGGUUUGAUUUAACUUGGGAGCAAGAAACAGUUUCAGGCACUUGAUUUUGUACUUUGUGACAGCUGAGUUACACAAACAUCAUGAAAGAAAACUCUAUAAUCAGUAACGUAUACUUACCAUGCUCUCACACUCUCAAAUAAAUACACAAACAUGUUAUAUGUACACUUGUUUCUACAUACCUCAGUGAUAUACACACACCACUCCAAUACUCUGUUAUUUAGAAGUAUUGAUUUCUGUAACCAUGGUGACUGAGUCCUCUUUCUUGUACAGUGUUACAUGAUACGUUUGCAAACACGUCACUUUGCCAUUGGUGAAGUGAAUGAGUUUAGUGUAUGUCAGGUGAGUGAGAGACCCCUUAUAGUUGCCAGAUGCUUCCAAGGGUGUGAGUGUAAACAUGGACCUAGCUUAAUGCAUUACCAAACUUGAUGCACAUUUUCACUUACGGUCGUAAUAAGCGCCCCGUUCUAAUAAGUGCCCACAGUGAUAUUUGUUAAUAUAUUGGCUAGUGAACAAUCCCAAUUAGCACCCCUUCCAAUUGAUCAAUGUACACAAGACUUAUUUAUUCGCUAAUAAGAGCCCCCUAUUUCUAAUUUUGAGCUUGUCACGAUAUGGCUGCAAUACUGUUGAUGUGAUGACUUAAAGCAUAAGCUCACUCGUGUGUUAUAUACACCCUUAAUUACGGGAAUUUAAAUUCUGGAAAAAUAUGUUUGUCGUGUAAAAUAUGCACAGACUUUUCUUUUGUAUCAUACAGGCAGUCAGCAUAAAUCAAGAAAUUUACGAUCUUUUAAUUUUAUUCUAAUAAGAGCCCCCUAUUUCUAGGGGAGCACCCGGGCGCUUAUUACCUCGAAUACGGUAACUAUUUCUUCACAGAUUGUUAAAGAUAGGGAGUAGGAGCUAUAGGAAUAGAUAUUUUUUAUUCAUUUGACCUUUCAGCAUCUUUUGACAUAGGAUGAUUAAAAAAUAAUAACUUGAUAUUUUAUUAUAUUUUGAAUGGGUUUAUAAAUUCAAAUAUUUCGUUAUCCCAAUAUUAUUGUUUUAAGAUCCACAAGCAGAAAUUUAGAAUAGUUGACUCUGUCCUUGUGAUAGGAGUGGUAGGUCAGGGUGGGUUCGGGAGGGGACAUAUUGUGUGUGCAAGAGACGAUAAUUGUGAGUGAGUGAGUGACCUGAAUGUGCCUGUGUGGUUGUGACAUCAUCAGUUUUUGUGUUCUUCAUUAUCACUUCAUGUGUAUUUAGUCAUUCAUGUUCAGAUAGCGUCCUGUUACACAAGGUUCGUGAUGACCUUUGUCUGUACAGUUUUGUAUCUUUGCACAUGCUUCAUUGGUCUGGUUACACUAUUGCUGUUAAUGCAUGCUCAGUACUGGCUCAUUGUGUAGAAUAUGUUUUAUACCACAGCUACAGCUUUAUAACAUAGUUACUUACAUUGUAUACUCUAAUUACUGUCUGUAUAUCUAACUACCAAAUAGUGUCUUGUCACUCAUGGGAUGGGUGCUGCUGAUUGGCUGAAUGUUUGCCAUGUCAAAUUUCUUUGGCCAGUUAUAGCAGGUCAUUGGAGGUCACUCACCACAUGAGUGCUUCUGAUUGGACGAAAUGUGUCAGUGUACUUACUCAUUGGUACUUGUGUUCUGUCACAUGUUUGGUGCUGCUGGCUGAUUGGCUGAUUGUUUACAAUGUAUUUUCUCAUUGGUCAGUCGUGAACUGUCCCCAAGGCUGAGGUUGCCCACUGGCUGAUUGUGUACCUAUUGUUUCGUGAUUCAGUAAUUAUACAGUCAUGUCACAACAGAUUUACUGCUGAUAAUAUACAGAUUGUAUUUUGUAGCUAUUCAAGACAUGCAGUGAAUGUACAAUCCUUUGUUAGUCUGAACACAAACCAUUGAAGCUUCCUGUACUGCUUGGAUUCUGUCAGCUGCUGACUACAGCCAUGCAUGGUUCCACCUCAGAUUUAGAUAAACUGUCACUUUGUACAAGCUUAUGUACGAACAGAUCAGUAACAUUAUAUUGAUAGAUUUUGUUAAAAAAAUAAAAACAUUCAAACAAUCUGAAAAAGCUUGUUGAGGAAUUUUAAUAAAAAUUCAGUAAGUGAA